UUCUAAUCUGAAUUUGAAGAUAGCAAAUGAAAUAAUCGUAUUCAAUAUUUGUAAUGUGAUUAUCCUAAGUGGCUAGCACGAAUUAUAAUGAUUUGAGAUAGUUGAUUUAAAUUUCAAAAGCAUAUUGUGUCGAUAUAUGUUCAUUUCUAUUGCAUGAAAAAAUCGCAAACAUUGGGAAAAUGGUAUCAAAAGGAACACAGAUAUGUAUAUUUCUGUUGCUAAUAUCGGAGCAAAUUUCAAAAAAUGAAGCAGAGCGUCAUCGAUUACCAGACACUGCAAUACCAUUAAGCUACAUUCUGACGAUCAAAAUUGAAGAUAUCAAUAGCGACACUCUUUCUGGAUCUGUGGUGAUAUCGUUCAAUACAAACGAAGCAACCAACGAAACCCUCCUACACGCAUCUUUAGCAUACAUGAACAUAACAGAAAUAGUUCUUAACGCAGACUAUAACAAAACAUGCAACAUUUCCUCCCACAAUGAAAACACCGGGAUAGUCACGAUUUCCUGCCCAGAAAACACCUCAACGGACGAACCAAACACCCUGUACAUAGCAUACGCAGCUCUCCUGAGCGAGACAAGCGACUCGGGGAUUUACAGAACUAAGGUAUACGAGGCGAAUGGAAACGUCGAUAAAAUUAUCGCUACCCAACUGGCUCCUUCGUUUGCUAGGAGAAUGUUUCCGUGCUUUGACGAACCCAGGUUCAAGACGACCUUCGAUUUAUUCGUUGUCCAUCCUCAGGCAUACGAGGUUCUGGCAAACAGCCCCAUACUAUCGACGACAUUCACCCAAGAUGGAUGGGCGGAAACCGAAUUCUACACGUCACCUCCGAUGUCCACGUACCUUUUGGGGUUCGUGAUGGGGAAAUUCCUCAACGUCUCCGCCGCCGCGACCGACGUCAACGCGAUAUACAGGGUAUUCACGCGACCCGAAAUGAUCAACUAUACAGGAACGGCAUUGAGUCAUGGGCCCCAGCUGGUUAAGGCGAUGGGCGAUCUGACCGGCAUCCAGUACAGAGACAUGGAAGACAAGCAGCUAUAUCAAGUCGCUCUGCCCGAUUUGAAGUUUCAAGCGAUGGAGAAUUGGGGAUUAUUGACAUAUAGAGAGGCAGAAAUACUGGACGAAGCAGACAAGACUACAGCGUUGUCCAAACAAAAUAUAAUUCCCCUGAUGGCCCGCCAAAUAUCUAACCAAUGGUUUGGCAACUAUGCCACUAUGGACUGGUGGUCGAAUGUUUGGCUAAACGACGGUUUUGCUACAUACUUCCAGUACUACCUACCUGACAAAAUCGAUGGGUUGGACAUGGAUCUGGAUAAACAAUUCACUGUUAACGUUCUACAGCUCGCUCUUAGAGAAGAUGCAUAUCCGGAAUCUUCAGCUCUUUCUGGUGAUGACAUCGACGACACCAUUACUGACGAAUAUUUCAAGAAGGCAGAUUAUCUGACACAUGGAAAAGGUGCAAGUGUGAUAAGGAUGAUGAAGAGUGUGCUAGGUGAAGACAAGUUCCAGGAAAAAAUUAAAUUGUAUCUACAAGUCAAUAAGUUCAAUACCACCAACCCGACAUCCCUUCUGGAGUCCCUUCAAUUGGGAAAUAUGAUGGAACAAUGGAUAUAUAAAUCAGGUUAUCCCCUGCUUCAUGUGACAUUGAAUAAUAAUCAAGUAGAGAUUACUCAGGAACAGUUUUCAAACGUGAAAAACAACUCUGAUUCGAGCACCCAAUGGAAUAUUCCUGUUACUUAUACAACAUCCGAGGAGAAGAAUUUUAACAGAGAACAUAUCGAUUGGCUGAAAAAGGACGAAGCAUUGUCAAUUGAAUUGAAGGACGGUUCUUGGAUCGUGCUGAAUAUUCAACAAACAGGUUUCUAUCGAGUCUCUUAUGAUGACGUGCUAUGGGAAAGACUGAUUGUGGCUCUCAACCGUGAACGGACUACGAUUCAUGUUUUGAACAGAGCGCAAUUGGUUGACGACGCAUUCAGUCUCUCACAAGUGGGAAGAAUGAGCUACAUCAAUGCGUUCAGAUUGGCGGAUUUCUUGUUGGAAGAGACAGAGUACGCUCCAUGGGUCUCCGCAUUGAACGCCAUAUCGUACAUGAUGGACCGAGUUACUGAUGAAGAUACCAUAGAACUGUUGAAGUCACGAACACUACAGUAUAUUGACAGUGCUUUCCCUACUCUGAGAAAAAUAGAAGGAAACUCUCACAUUGAUAUACUGAAAGAGACGAUGAUACUGAGGUGGAAAUGUUCACUAGGGAAUGAAGACUGCAUCGAGUAUGCCAAACAGUCCUUCCAGGAAUAUCAACAAUCUAGAAGUCUCUCAGAUUUCAAUGAAAAGGAAAUCAUUUUAUGUUAUGGCGCCAAACAUAGCACAAAUCCGGAACAUGUAUACAGGUACCUUUUGUCAAGUUUCGAGGAUUCAAAGUCACCUGCUGAAAGAGAAACCAUUUUGAUGGCUAUCGGUUGCAUAUCGAAAAAAACUAUUUUAUCACAAUUUUUGAAAGAAACUCUAGAUUCGGAUUCGAUCAUUUCCAGAACAUAUUACUCUCCUGUCGUAUUUGAAUCUGUUUUAUCAAACAAUGACUUCGGGUGCGAUGUAACUUUGGAGUUCUUGGAAAGACAUUUGAAAAUCUUUGUUGAAAUGUAUAGAGAUUUUCUUCCCAUUUCAACUAUAGUAAAUAGAUUGUCUGACAAAAUAAAAACUGAAGAACAAAUAGGAGAGCUGAAAGAAAUCAUUGCCAACUCUGGCGGGAUUCCUGAUAGCGACAAAAUUCUGAAUAAGAUAGAUUACCACCUGAAAUGGGCUGCUGAAAAUUCAGAAAAAAUCAAAACAUCUCUUAUUCAACACAAGUCACAGGCGUUUACCCAUUCACAGUUGUUUCUGCCAAUUAUCAUAUCGAUUUUGUUGUCGCUCACUUAUACAAUCCAAUAA